CUGCUAACUAGCUAUCAAUCCGCAUGCUUGGUGAUAUAAUAGGAAGUCCUGCGGAGUCUUGGCAUUAAUACCUCUUUGAUACUAAAAUACCGACUGCAGCCGCCGCUCCCCUCUUUUUUUCCGCCGUCAGAUUUCUCUGCGCACCCAAACGCUGGUUUUUGCUUCCCCCGCCAACGGAUUUUCUUAUUUUAAAAUCCUUUCUAUAAUGGCUGCGCAGGCUAGCGAGGAUCUGCAGAAGCUUGACCUAAACGGUCAGGGCGGUGCCGCUAAAGCGGAUGCCCCUACCGCAGGUCAAGCAGAAGCCGGAGAGGCGGAGGACGACUCGGAUGAUGACGCUGAUGAAGGAAAUGCUGCUGCCGAAAGUGGAGCUAACGGAGCCGCCAAGAAAAAGAAGAAGCGCAAGUCCAAGAAGAAGAAGAAGGGAGGUGCGAAGGUUCAGAGCGAGCCGCCGCGUGUACCUCUGUCUCAACUAUUCGCCGGCAAGCAGUUCCCCGAGGGCGAGAUCGUCGAGUACAAGGAUGAGAAUUUGUACCGCACGACCAACGAAGAAAAGCGUUAUCUCGACCGCAUGAACAAUGAUUUCCUGCAGGAAUACCGCCAGGGUGCCGAGGUGCACCGUCAGGUCCGUCAGUAUGCUCAGAAGACCAUCAGGCCUGGGCAGACCUUGACGGAAAUCGCUGAGGGCAUCGAGGAUUCGGUGCGUGCUUUGACUGGCCACCAGGGUCUUGAGGAAGGUGACAACCUUAAGGGUGGUAUGGGUUUCCCUUGUGGUCUGAGCAUCAACCAUUGUGCCGCCCAUUACACUCCCAAUGCGGGCAACAAGAUGGUAUUGCAGCAGGGAGAUGUGAUGAAAGUCGACUUUGGUGCCCAUAUCAAUGGCCGCAUUGUCGACAGUGCUUUUACUGUGGCCUUCGAUCCGGUUUACGACCCCCUGCUGGAAGCCGUUAAGGAUGCUACCAAUACUGGAAUUCGCGAAGCGGGUAUUGACGUCCGCAUGAGCGAUAUUGGUGCUGCCAUACAGGAAGCCAUGGAAAGCUAUGAAGUUGAACUCAACGGGACCAUGUAUCCCGUGAAGUGUAUUAGGAACCUCAACGGUCACAAUAUUGAUCAGCACGUCAUCCAUGGCGGCAAGAGCGUUCCGAUUGUGAAGGGUGGAGACCAGACCAAGAUGGAGGAAGGUGAAGUUUUCGCCAUUGAAACCUUCGGUAGUACCGGAAAGGGCUACGUGAGAGAGGAUAUGGAAACUUCCCACUAUGCCUUGGCUGCUGAUGCCCCUUCGGUGCCUCUGCGCCUCUCUUCGGCGAAGAACCUGUUGAAUGUGAUCAACAAGAACUUUGGCACCCUUCCCUUCUGUCGUCGUUACCUUGACCGACUGGGACAGGAGAAGUACCUUCUUGGGUUGAACAACCUGGUUUCAUCUGGAAUUGUCCAGGAUUACCCGCCACUCUGUGAUAUUAAGGGCUCAUACACUGCCCAAUAUGAACAUACGGUUGUCCUUCGGCCUAACGUGAAGGAAGUGAUCAGUCGUGGAGACGAUUACUAAACAAGGAUAUUUUAUUAGGCAUUUCAACCAAAGUUGCUUUGCCUAUAGCAUUAUGAGAUCAAGAAAAGCCAAUUGUAGCAAAUAGAAAUGGUCAUGAACAUAGUACAUACUAACUACGUACAAAUGGAUUGGAAUGGAUAUCAAACCAUUCUUCCCUUACAGGAAAGGCGGUAGAUCGGACCACUCACAAGCACGAGAAGGGCCCCACGUGGAAACAUCCACUCCGACUCACGUUGUCGUCGCAAUUAAUCAGAAGACUCGGAUCGUCC